UUCCUGCGUUGGCUCGUCGUCAACUCAAAACUCGUCUUCGUCAUCUCGGCGCAGCAAGUCACGAGUAGACAAGGACGUCUCCUUUCGAGUUGCAACGUGAGAGGAAAAGUCUUGGCCGCGUAAGCUUCUCCACCAGAAUCCUUCAAGCCAUACCAGAGAAUCGAUCUGUUGGACCCCGUACUGUACCGUGAAGUUUGGCUUGACUGCCAAAACAAAACCCCAAUGAGCUCGGCAUGCGCAUACAUAUUUCAAUGGCUCCAUGUCCAGUCCCUGCUCCUCCCGAAUCCACUCCCUCACGCAAGCGCGAAAAGCGGUUGGACAUUGGAAGGAUUCACGAGAGGCAUUACGAGCUCGAAUUGACCGUUUGGUCACCACUCUCGACUCCAAUGGCCCGGCCAAGAGAGUUUCAUGCAGAACCUUCUUCAGCGGCUGGAGGUUCCAUUAAGGAUAAGGUCAAGAUUAGAGGCUCUCCACGUGUCUCGAACGAACAAAGUAUUGAGUGCGACCAAGCGAGCGAAAAUCAAGCUUGGCUAGCACCAAGCCCUAGACGCCACCUUCCUUGGCCUUACACCAGCCAGCCAUUGCACUUGGAGAAAACGGGCAAGUCUUACCAUGCACCCCUGUCUUCGCUGGGCGAUACGGUUUGCAGGAGUCUCAGUCAUCACUUGCUGUGCUUUCCGUUUACGUGCUGUCGCUACGACUUCUACGACGGACGGUUCUUUGGUAAAUGGCUGACUGACGUGCUCGAGUGUGCCCACCCGUUUGAUUUGUACCAUAUGACAUGUACAGCGACAUUUCGGAAAAUUGCCCGCACUGUAUGCGCUGAGCGACCUGUCUGGACUUCAAUUGGUCUUUUUGUCCGGUACCGCAUGUCCUGAUGUGCUGGAGCCUGGAGGUACAGAGAAUUGAGUAUGCAGCAAAAAGCAGAAGGGGCCUGGUUUUUGGAACCAG